AUGUUUCGCUGUCUUUCUUUCUUCAUCUCCCUGGCAGCUGUCACGAACCUUUAUGCCACUCACUAUGACGGCAACAUAUACACACUCUCCUAUGAUGGUGCAAACUCACUUUCGAUCUCUUCAUCCUUGAAAACAUGCGGUGAUGGCCCUAGCUGGCUUACGUUCGAUUCGCCAACGCGCACACUUUAUUGCUCCGACCACUCAGGCAAUGCGUCUAUGAAUGGCCUGUUGAGCUCCUACUCUGUGAGCCGGGAUGGGAGCCUGAAGGAACUUGCGAAUACCGUUGACGUGGGUGCCGCAGUCCACAGUACUAUUUAUGGUGGCAAGGACGCGCACAAAAAGUAUUUGGCUAUUGCGCAUUACGGCGGUUCCACCCUUUCGACCUUUACCCUACCCCUUAGCCCCGAUGAGAAGGCCCUGCAGAUCUUCCGCUACCGAAUGUCCCAGCCCGGUAUCAAACCCGAGCAGGAUGCGUCGCACCCGCAUCAGGUGAUCCUCGAUCCAACCGGUGAUUUCAUCCUUGUUCCAGACCUGGGCGCCGAUAAAGUCCGCGUGUAUACCAUUAACCAGCAUUCGGGACGCCUGAAUGCAUGCCCUAGUCUUAAUUACACUGCCGGCAGUGGACCGCGCCAUGGUCUGUUCUGGAAAUCCAGCCCCUCGGAUGUAGCGCGAGCUCCAGUGACUAUGCUGUACACUGUCAGUGAAUUAAGCGGCCGCUUCAAUGCGUUUGCUGUGUCUUAUUUAUCCUCCGGAUGUCUCGGGUUCCGGGAAACCCAAUCCUUUGUGCCAUAUCCAGGCGGAAAGUUACCGGCUAAGGCUACGCCGGCGGCGCUCCUCAUGGCUGGGAAUUCUAUUUAUGCUUCGAUUCGCUUUGAUCAAGGACACCCUCCGAAUGAUUCCCUGUCGGUCUUGACUCGGUCCCCCAAUGGCACAGUGACUUUCAGCCAACUCACUUCUUCACAUGGCACCGUUCCCCGCACUUUUUCCAUCAAUAAGAAGGGCACUCUACUGGCUAUUGGGUGCCAGGCUUCAUCUAAUGUAGCCAUAGUCAAAAGGGAUCUGGAGAGUGGAAAGCUCGGCAAUCUAGUUGCCAACCUGCAGGUUGGACAGCCUGGUCAGGCUAGUAAUUCGUCGACGGGGUUGAGCAGCAUUAUCUGGGAAGAGUGA